AUUUUCUUCGCUGGGCAUACGGAAAUUACACAACAACAACAAAGUGAGGUUGAAUAAACCCUCCAUGGUCACACCAAUUUGGAGGUUACAGUCUAUAAUUGUUGCAGGAUGGUCAACCUUGGUCUCACUAAAGUUGAUGAUGCGGUUGCUGCAAAGCACCCGGGUUUGCAGCAGUACGCCGCCUGUCAGUCUUACGCCUUUAUGAAAGGCACAGCAGGCUUCAUACUGGGCACAGCGGGUUUAUUUUUUGCACAGCGAGUACUUCAGACAAGAAUCCCAUAUCCCUUUCAGUGGAACCUUCUAGUAUCUAUUGUUUCCUCCUCAGUAUUCAGCUAUACAGUGACUCGCUGGGAAACCAUGAAGUGCUCAGACUUGUGGUUAUAUCUUGAGACAGGAAGCGUUCCUGACAGAAACUCUUCUAAGGAAGAACCACAAACGCCUGCAACACCUGUAGAAGAUCCUAAAGUCACAAGAUAUGGGGAUGUGCUGGAAUAAGCUAAAAUAAUUACUUUGUUUGCAUAAUAAAAAUGUACAAUCUAAAAAAUACAAAAGUUCAUUACUAAUGUUUAAUAUAUAUAGUAGACUAAUAUUGUAUAGAGAAUAAAAUAUUCUCUCUCUGACUCUCUCUCUCUCUCUCUCUCUCUCUCUCUCUCUCUCUCUCUCUCUGUGUGUGUCAAGAAAUAAAUGAUAUUUAUUGUUUUGCUUACCUUCUGUUUAACACAAUCAAUUGUUCUAUGAAAGGAGCUGAAAUAAAACAUUUUUGUUUCA